AGAACAAGAAAGAGAGCAAUUGGAAAUGCAGUGCCUAGAGGCAGAAGCUAAAAGGAAGAUAGCGGCCCAAGAGGCAGCAGUUGUAAAGCGCCGUCUAGAAUUAGAAGCAGAAGAGGUGAAGAGAAGAAUAAAGAAAGAGGAAGAGGAAGCUGAAAUGAGAGCUCAACUAGAGGAAGAACAUGCAGCUCUUCAAAGGGCUCUGGAGGAAAAACGGAGAAAGAUAAAGCAUUUGGAGGCGAUGAAAGAGCUCAGUGCAGCUCAGGCAAGAAUGCAGGUGUAUGAUCAGGGGUUGGCCAUAAAGGAAGAGCCGAAAGACGUACUAAGCCAUCAGAAGGUUGCAGUUUCCACAAGCCGUCUGCCCCCGUGUGUAUCUUCUGUCUCACAAGCUGUGACAAUCUCCUCAAAUGAAAGUACAGCUGAGCUUGUUAAGCUACUGGCAGAUGCUUUAAAUGCCAACAGAAUUCCAGUUCCUGAACCUUCAAUAUUCAGUGGGGAUCCAUUGAAGUACAGUGACUGGAAACUCUCAUUUGAAACGCUCAUUGACCAGAAGAAUAUUCCAGACAAGGACAAGAUAUACUAUCUUCGAAGAUAUGUAAGUGGACAAGCUAAGACUGCACUUGAUGGUUAUUUCCUACUUGGAACCGAAUCUGCCUAUGUUGCUGCAUGGAAGAUUUUGGAAGAAAGAUACGGUAACCCAUUUACAAUAGCAAAGGCAUACAGAGACAAACUCCAAGCAUGGCCCAAGAUGGGAUCUAAAGACAGCUUUGAGCUGAGAGAUUUUGUGGAUUUUCUCCGUAGUUGUGAGGCUGCCAUGGUCCACAUCCAGGCAUUGCAGAUCUUGAAUGACUGUAAUGAAAACAGAAAGAUUCUCUUAAAGUUACCUGAUUGGCUAACUGCAAGAUGGAACAGAAAAGUCAUUGAAAUAGAAGAACAGAGCAGCCUGUUCCCCUCCUUCAGCCAGUUUGUGAAGUUUCUGACUAAAGAAGUGAAAAUUGCCUGUAAUCCAGUUACAUCAUUGCAAUCACUAAAGCAAGGUGGUGAAACUGAUAUGCCAAAAUACCAAAGACGUCAAAAUGUUAAAGCAAAGACACUGAUUACAAGUUCAAAUGAAGAGACUGUCAAAACAUGCAUUUUCUGUAAGAAGUUUGGGCAUGCAUUGCACAAAUGCAGGAAAUUUGUGGAGAACCCAGUCACUGACAGAGUGAAAUUUGUUCAAGCUGAAAAGCUAUGCUUUGGUUGUCUUAAAUCUGGUCACUUCUCGAAGAGUUGCAACAGUAGAAAUGUUUGUGAACUGUGCCACAAGCGGCAUCCUACUUGUUUGCAUGAGGAGAGAAACAAGGAAGAACAAAGACUACCACGAACCAAACAAAAUCCAAGUCAAGAGAAAUCAAGUUCAACUCAAGAAAAGAACAAAGAAAGGCCUCAAGUAACACAACAUAAAGAAAUAAUCACAGUUGCCACUUCAAAUCGAGUAAUCCUUGAUGAAGCUAAUACACAGACCUCUGCAAUAAUUCCUGUUUGGCUUUCAUCUGCAACGCAACCAGCCCAAGAGCUCCUUGUAUAUGCUCUCUUGGAUUCUCAAAGCGACACAACGUUUGUUUUAAGUGAAGUAGCUGAAGCUUUGGAGGCUAGCAAAGAGCAAGUUAAUUUAAAACUCUCUACUAUGACCUCAAGAACUACAAUAGUGAGUUCUCAAAAAUUGAGCAACUUGCAAGUCCGUGGCUUUUAUUCUGGUAAGAAGAUCUCUUUACCACCAACAUAUACACGUGAAUUUAUCCCUGUUAACAGAACUCACAUACCAACUGAUGAAACUGCGAAGGCUUGGUCCCAUUUAGAACACCUCCAAGAAAAAGUAGCACCUUUGCAAGAUUGUGAAGUAGGUCUACUUAUUGGUUACAACUGCUCACAAGCCCUAUUGCCACGAGAAGUUGUGUCUGGCAAGGAAAAUCAACCUUAUGCACAGCGCACGGAUCUUGGAUGGAGUAUUGUUGGCCAUGGGAAUCCCUGUGUAGAUUAUGGAGAUGCCUUCGGAAUCAGCCAUCGGAUAGUAGUGAAACAAGUGACUCCAGGUGUUGAGCCCUCUGUCAAUCUUAAAACAGAAGUAUGCUAUGUGAAUAGAUCCAAAGUUAAAGAAAUUUCCCCUUUAGACAUCAUAAAGGUCCUCGAAUCAGAUUUCUCAGAAAGAGCUGGAGAAGAGGAUCCUGUGUCUCAGGAUGACAUCAAGUUCCUGUCAAAGAUGAGAGAAGGCAUAACACAAAAAGAUAAUGGACAUUAUGAAAUGCCAUUACCGUUUAAAAAGGAAAGACCAAAACUACCAAACAAUAAGAUAUGUGCAAUACAUCGCUUAAAUUGUCUUGAAAGGAGGCUAAAAAGGAAUGAAACAUACUACAAAGACUAUGUCAACUUUAUGGAUGACAUCAUUUCACGUGGUGACGCAGAGAAGGUCCCUGAGGAAGAAAUUGACAACAGUCCGGUUUGGUAUAUUCCACACCAUGGAGUUUAUCAUCCACAAAAACCUGGAAAAAUACGUGUAGUAUUUGACUGUUCUGCCAAAUUUCAAGAAACAUCUCUCAAUGACCAUUUGCUCACUGGACCUGACCUGACAAAUACAUUGGUGGGUGUCCUGUGCAGAUUCAGAAAAGGACCCAUAGCGGUGAUGUGUGACAUCGAAAGGAUGUUUCAUCAGUUUCAUGUGAAAAGCGAAGACCAAGAUUACUUACGAUUUCUUUGGUGGGAGAAUGGCAAUUUGGAAACCACGCCAUCAGUUUACAGAAUGAAAGUCCACCUGUUUGGAGCGUCUUCAUCUCCAGGCUGUGCCAACUUUGGCCUGAAACAUCUGGCAACACAAGGGCAAGAUCAAUACAGCAAAGAUACAAUACGCUUCAUACAAAGAAAUUUUUAUGUAGAUGAUGGUCUGGCAAGUGUCCAAACUGAGGAGGAAGCCAUCCAGCUUGUUAAAGAAUCAAGAGAACUUUGUUAUACUGGCAAAUUAAAACUCCAUAAGUUCAUUUCCAAUAACAACAAUGUAAUGGCAUCCAUUCCAGAGGAGGGACGUGCCACAAACAAAGAUCAAGAUAUGGCCUUAAGCCAACCCCACAUGGAGAGAGCGCUUGGAGUAGAGUGGUGCAUCACAUGUGACUCAUUCAAGUUCAGAGUUCAAGUAAAGUCUAAUCCAUUAACAAGAAGAGGUGUGCUCUCUACUGUUGCCUCGAUAUACGAUCCAUUAGGAUUCAUGGCACCUUUCGUCCUUAUAGGGAAACAAAUACUCCAGCAGAUGUGCAGAGAGAAGAUCGGCUGGGAUGAGGAACUUCCAGAAAGUUUAAGACCUCAGUGGGAGUCCUGGAUCAGAGACCUACCCAAUCUAGCUGAGAUGGAAAUUAAAAGAUCCUACCUACCUUCAAGUUUUGGCAACAUCAAAGGAUAUGAGCUUCAUCAUUUCUCCGAUGCGAGUGUGUCUGGAUAUGGUGAGUGCACUUACCUGCGAGCUGUUAGUGAAUCUAAUAGUGUUCAUUGCUGUCUAGUAAUGGGAAAAGCAAGAGUUUCGCCAACAAAGGUUACAACAAUACCAAGACUGGAACUCUCUGCAGCAGUAGUUGCAGUCAAAACCAGUGAUAUGCUCCGUAAUGAACUGGAAAUACAAGAUCUCCAAGAAUAUUUUUGGACUGAUUCAACAGUCGUUCUUGGCUACAUAAAUAACGACGCCAAGAGAUUUCAAGUGUUUGUAGCUAACCGGAUACAAAGAAUCAAAUCAAGCACAAAGUCUGAACAAUGGGCUUAUGUUGCAUCUGAGGAUAACCCAGCAGACCAUGCCUCUCGAGGGUUAACUGCAAAGCAACUGAAGACUUCCAAUUGGUUCUCUGGACCAAAGUUUCUGUGGCAAAGGGAACUACCUGAAAGAAAGUGCAAGGUGGGAGAAGUUACGGAAGAUGAUCCUGAACUCCGCAAGGCUAUGGUGUUAACCACUAAGGCAAAGGAGGAAAGAUCAUUAGUGAACCGCUUUGAAAAGUUUUCUGAUUGGUCAAGGGUAGUACAAGCAGUUGCUAGGUUGAAACGACGAGUCAAGGAACAUGGAGGUGUGAAGCAAAGAACCAACGAAAGCACAAGUUUGGAAGAAAGGAAAAGGGCAGAGAUUGUGAUCAUUAAGUUAGUUCAAGAAGAAGCAUUCUCAGAUGAGAUAAAGAGCUUGAAAGCAAGGAAUAUGGUUGUCAAGUCCAAAUAUAGCUCACUAUUUAAGUUAAGUCCAAUUUUGGAUGAAGAAGGUAUCUUAAGAGUGGGAGGACGUCUAAGCCAAGCCUCGUUACACCCAAAUGUCAAGCAUCCAGCGAUACUUCCCAGAAACAGUCACAUAUCAUCCUUACUUAUCAAGCACUUUCAUGAAAAGGUUCAACACCAGGGACGUGGAAUGACAGUAAAUGAACUGCGAGCUAAUGGAUGGUGGAUUCUAGGAUGCAGCAGUGCAGUAUCGUCACACAUUUUCAAAUGUGUCAAGUGCCGAAAAUACAGAAGACGACCUGAAGAACAAAAAAUGGGUAACUUACCUCAAGACAGAAUGGAAACGACUCCACCAUUCACUUACACCGGCAUAGACUGUUUUGGUCCUAUCCAUGUCAAAGAAGGAAGAAAAGAUGUUAAAAGAUAUGGUCUCUUACUUACCUGUCUAUGUUCAAGAGCCAUACACAUAGAAAUGCUAGAUGAUAUGACAACUGAUGCAUUUAUCAAUUCCUUAAGAGCGUUUAUUGCCAUAAGAGGAAAUGUUCGACAGCUACGAAGCGAUCAAGGAACCAAUUUUAUUGGUGCAAGGAGAGAGUUUGCAGAACUCAUGAAAGAAAUGGAUGAAGAAAGAGUGAAGGCUCUAGGAUGUGAAUUUCUAAUGAAUCCUCCAGCGGCAAGUCAUAUGGGCGGCGUCUGGGAGAGACAAAUUAGAACUAUAAGGAGUGUUCUUACUGCAAUUCUCGACCAGUCAGCACAAAGACUUGACAGCUCCUCUUUAAGAACAUUCUUAUAUGAGGUAAUGGCAAUUGUCAACAGCAGACCACUUACCGCUGAACUUUUGAAUGACCCAUCUGCACCUGAACCUUUAACUCCAAACCAUAUUCUUACAAUGAAGUCCACUAUCAUACUUCCUCCACCUGGACAGUUUGUGAGAGAAGAUUUGUAUCUUCGAAAGAGGUGGCGUCGAGUUCAAUAUUUGGCCGAUGAGUUUUGGAUUCGAUGGAAAAAGGAAUAUUUGUUAAGUUUACAACAAAGACAAAAGUGGCAGAAAAAUAGAAGAAACCUGAAAGUCAAUGACCUUGUACUUUUACAAGAUGAUCACGCACCACGCAAUGAAUGGAAGCUGGCCAGAAUAACAGAAGUUUAUCCAGGGUCAGAUGAUAGGGUGAGAAAGGUCAAAUUGUUGGUUAGUGACACCUCAUUUGAUAAUAAAGGUAAAUCCACAACAAACACAGUGUUUCUUGAAAGACCUGUACAUAAACUUGUUACUUUGCUUGAAGCAGAAUAAUGUUUAAUAUUUAACUUGACUUUUUAUACUGAAUAGUUGAUAACAGGAAUUGUUUCAUUGAAUGUUUAAAGUGUUCAAUUGCAAUUGUUGUGUUUAGAGAAAUCCCACAUUAAGAUUGGUGUGAUUUGGUGGGAGUGUAACUGUCACUGUUAUUUAUUAUUUUUUGUGUUUUUGUUUGUAAUUUAUGUUGGUAUAUAUUUGGUAAGCCGGAUGAGACUUUUAUUUUGAAACCUCCGCUAAGCUGCUAAAUGCCAGUGAAACAAAGAACAAGCCAGAAGCAUGCAAGCAUGGCAUGCAUUGCUGAUGAGUUUAAGGUCACGCUUUAAGUGAUUUAAAGUGAACAGUUAAAGAAAUGUUGAAGAUAAGAAGGCAUCAAGACAAUUUCCUUUCAUAGUAUGCAGCCAACGAGUUUUCACGGUUUGACUUGGAGAAGAUUUCAUUAAAACCAGUAAAAGGAAA